UGCCGAACAGCACGAGUCUGUCUGCCCUCGCUAUAUAAAACAGCAGGCGCACUGCCGAACAGACAUUUGCCCUGCGAGAAUGAUACGGACAGCAGCCAUCUCCACACCACACUUAGACAAAAUGACUGGGAUGUUCUUCUCCACUGCUGCAAAGGAGCUGAAGGGAGCUAAUCAUUCACUUCUAGACGACAAAGUGCAAAAAAGGAGGCCGAAGACCUUUGGGAUGGACAUGAAAGCGUACCUGAGAUCUAUGAUCCCACAUUUGGAAUCUGGAAUGAAGGCUUCCAAGUCCAAGGACAUACUCUCUGCUGAUGAAGUAAUCCAGUGGUCGCAGUCCCUGGAAAAACUCCUCGCCAACCACACUGGUCAAGUCAUUUUUGGACGUUUCCUAAAGUCUGAGUUCAGUGAGGAGAAUAUCGAGUUCUGGCUGGCUUGUGAAGACUACAAACAAACAGAGUCUGAUCUUUUGCAUUACAAAGCAGAGAAAAUAUAUAAAGCUUUUGUGCACUCCGACGCCGCUAAGCAAAUCAAUAUUGACUUUCGCACUCGAGAAUCUACAGCCAAGAAGAUGAAAGCACCAACUCCAACGUGUUUUGAUGAAGCCCAAAAACUUGUGUACUCUCUGAUGGAAAAGGACUCCUAUCCCAGGUUCCUCAAAUCCAAUAUCUACUUAAAUCUCCUGAAUGGCCUUCAAGCUAAUAGUCUAAAGUGACCAUUUCCUGGCUGGAGGGAAUUAAAGAUGGAAUCAAAUACAAAAGGAAGGUGCCCGGAUGGCUCCCUGGGGGAACAGUCUGACCUUUUGGGGUGACACGUCAGACCCAGGAAACGAACAAAGGAUUCGAAAGGAUUAACAUAGAAGUUACCCAGGCACGGGGUUGAAGGAGCAUGAGGUGAAAACUGAGA